UAGGAAGUUUGGUAUGCACGUACCUGAAAACAUGACUCUCAAAUUUUUCUAGCCCUACGGUGCUUGACGCACACGCCUCAGCCAUUGGCGCACGCGCAUUGGGAUGGUCGAGGCGGAAGGCGGCAGAAUUUGAACUGGUUCGUACGUACUGGGUCACCCAGACGUCUUUUUUGUUUUUUUAGUAGCUCGCGGAGGGAGGCAGAAUUAUGCGAGCCGCUACGCUCCGGGUUCGCUCCGGGAACGAGCCCGCUGGACGGAUGGAGCAGCCUCAGGAGCCGCCGGCAUGCCCGUGGAGGGAGACUGGGGCGGCUCUGGGGCGGCUGGCAGAGAGCCUCCGCUGCUCCCGAUGCAGUGGAAUUCUGAAGAAACCUGUGAACAUCGGAGGCUGUGAGCAUGUCUUCUGCUUAACUUGUGUGGGUGACUGCAUUGGCACAGCUUGCCCAGUGUGUCGCAUGCCAGCCAUGGUACAAGAUGUGAAAGUAAACAGGCAGCUAGACAACAUUGUCAAACUGUACAGCAAACUGCAGAGUCUGCAGAGGAGGGAGUUAUCAGGUUCAGGAGAGAAUUUGUCUGUCUCAGGAGACAUGGCUUGUGAGGCAGGAACUAAGAAACAGCAAAUAAAAAUGUGGUUCAGUCCUCGUAGUAGGAAGAUGAGAUUCACUCUAAAGAAGAGACCAGGCAAGACAGAACAGGCAGUGAAGGGCAAGGAUUGCCAGCCUCCUCUCCAAACUUCCAACUAUGACUUUAUUCCCUCCCCUCCUCAUCAAGAACCUUUCAGAGAGCAAAAGAAACCCCAUCCAAAAUGCAAGAAGCAGUUGAGGAAAAAGACUUUAGCAGACAUCAACAAACACUGGGGAUUGCUUGGGGGAAGACAGAAAAACAUCAGUGGACAUGCCGAAGAGGACUCAAGUGAAAUCAAAGCAAAGGCGGUGUCAUUUUGCAGCCGGUCGUUAGUUAUCCCCAGUCCAGACCUAAAAAGCACGUUAGGACCCAAGUCUAUAAUGGGAGCAGAGCUCACACAGGAUGAGAAUGAACUCGGUGUGGAUGGCGUUGCAUCUGUGAAACCCACCGAGAAUAGGAGAAGUGAUAGCUUGUCUGGUGCAUGUAAUGUUGCUGAGGAAAGCAUGACUUCUGAAGAGUGCCUCCCUUCCAUGGGGGAAAUUGCGCCAGUAAAGCGUGGAAGGCCACAAAACGGAUCUCCCACUCCUUUAUGUAAACGUCCCAGAAGGAAAGAGCAGAGCAGUCCUGGGAAUCUAACACUGUUGAAGGAGUCCCCAAGGCCACCACCCAAAGCUUCCCUUGGUGCAACUUCUCCCACCCUUGACUGUGUAAGGGCUUCUCCAUCUACACCAACUGCUAGCUCUUUACCAGCGUUGAGAAACUCUGAAGACUUCCAGUGUGCACAUAGCCGAAUAACUUCAGAAACAGCACCUCUGACGGAUAAUCCUUCUCAGAAACAGGCGCAGCAAACGGAGUCUUUCUCCAGGAAAUCUCCCAAUAACCUGUCAGCCAAGAGAAAUCAUAAGGGGGAGACUCUACUCCACAUUGCAUCCAUAGAGGGGGAUCUUUCUGCUGUUAAGCACUUGCUGAAAAGUGGAGCAGAUCCCAAUGCUAAAGAUUAUGCUGGAUGGACUCCAUUGCAUGAAGCUUGCAAUCAUGGGCAUAAGGAAGUAGUAGAGAUACUAUUGCAACAUGGAGCACUCCUGAAUGCUACAGGGUAUCAAAAUGAUUUGCCACUUCACGAUGCUGUCAAGAAUGGACAUACAAGCAUUGUUGAGCUGUUGCUUUUGCAUGGAGCUUCUCGAGAUACAGUUAAUAUAUUUGGUCACAAACCUGUGGACUAUGCCGAAACAGAAAAGAUGAAGUCACUUCUAAUGCGACCGGCAAAGAAUGAUUCUUCUGCUUCUACGCAAUGUGCAAAACAAAUCCACCAAAAUCACCCUAGAAAAGGGCCUCUUGUUCUCAUUGGAAGUGGUCUUGAUCCAGUUCAGCAACAAUUAUUGAGCAGAUCAGCAGAAGUUCUGAAAGCUCGAAUAUGUAUGGAGUUUAACAGUGCAGUGACACAUGUUGUUAUCCCCGAGAAUACUAUGCGAAGUACUAUGAAGUGCAUGCUGGCGGUUUUGACUGGAUGCUGGAUCUUGACAUUUAAGUGGGUAGAGGCCUGCCUGAAGACAGGCGCUCGGGAGCAGGAAGAGAAGUAUGAAAUAGAUGGCAGCCCACAACGAGGCCGACUAAACAAAGAAUGUCUGUUGCCAAAGUUGUUUGAUGGCUGCUACUUCUAUUUUCUGGGAACAUUUAAGGAGCACAACAAAGAUGACCUGAAGGAAUUGGUGAAAGCAGGUGGGGGACAGAUUCUGCUGAGGAAACCCAAAUCGGAUAAUGAUGUGACACAGACAAUCAAUACUGUAGCCUACCAUGCAGAGAUCACUUCUGACCAGAGUUUCUGUACACAGUAUAUAAUCUACGAUGGCUCUUCUAGCUACAUCCCAGAUAAAAUACGUCAAGGAAAGGUUUGGGAGGUGCCAUCUAAGUGGCUAAUAGACUGUGUUAUGUCGUUUCAGCUGUUACCGGUUAGGAAAUAAAUUUCCGAGGAAGACGACACCCGAAUCAUUAGCUUAGCCCUAGUUUUCAAACACACUCAAAUUACGUACCUCAGCCUAGCAACAACCAUUAAGCAACAGAUUCUAUUUUACAUCUAUAAAAUGAUUUUAGGGGCGAAGGAAGUACAACCAAAAUUUAGUUACCCUUAAUACAAUUUUCAAGUGUCUAAAGUGGUGCUUUUUUGAAAAAUAGAAUCAUUAAAUUUUAAUUAAAUUUAGGAUUCUAAUUCCAGUAAUAUUUGAUGUAAGACCUAGAGUUGUGCACAGGUGUGGAAGAUGUGGUCCUCCAGAUGUUGCUGGAUUCUACCUCCUAUCAGCCCCAGCCACCCUAGCAAUGGUCAGCAGAGUUGUAGUCCAACAACAUCUGGAGGGCCACAGCUUUCCCUCACCUGAAUUAUACGUUGAAAGUCAGGAUCUAUUUUGUAUGCCUGUAAUUACUGUGGGUUUUUUUUUAAAGGAUCAAAUUUUUGCGCACGCAAGUCAGUUUAGAACUGUAACGUGUUUAAAACUUUACUAUGCGUCUUCACAAAAUAUCUUCUGUGUGCUUAUCAUUAUAAGGCAUAUUCUGUAAUAAUGGUCAUUUUCACACUGAAAUCCUGUAUUUGCCCUUGAAAGCCCCAUCAGUAUCAAUUUGGAUGGUAUAAUCUUUAUUAGGCAAAGUGGUACAAGCAAUGGUAUAAACUACCUACUAAAACAGUUAUUAAAGCUUUUUUCUGUUUUGCUUAUAGUGAAACUAACACUAAUACUGGUGUGGGUUUUUAAUGUUUAAAUUGGUUAUUUUUAUAUCUGUAAUCAUGAUUUCUGUGUUUUCAUAUGUAUUUAUGUUUAGUAUGUCAUCAAUGAUCAAUUAUGACUUGAA